AUGGAACUGGAGUAUAGAGAAGCACCUAGCUCUAGGACUAUCGGGGAAGGUAAUUUUGUUAGAGGUAGAUCGGAUUCUCGGACUAACUUUUCAGGUAAAUCAAAGAACAAUCAAUCGAGAUCAAGAUCAAAGGAUGGAAAGAAAGUCUGUUGGAUCUGUGGAAAAGAAGGCCACUUCAAGAAGAAGUGUUACAAGUGGAUCGAGCGGAAUAAAGGCAAAAGUCACUCUCAGGAUUCAGGGGAAUCGAGCUUAGUCAGAGAUGAUGCAAAGGACCUUGUUGGCUUUCUAGUUAAUGAGGUCAACAUGUCAAGAGAGGAAGGUGAUCAUGAGGAAUGGAUAAUGGACACAGGCUGCACAUUCCACAUGACACCAAGGAAGGAUCUGUUUCUUGAGUUCAAGGAAGUGUCGAAUGGAAAAGUACGGAUGGCGAAUGACUCAGUGUCUGAUGUCAGAGGAGUUGGAUCAGUCAGAUUCAAGAAUCCAGACAACACUACCUUUGUUCUCCAUGAUGUGAGGUACAUGCCGGGAAUUUCAAAGAACCUGAUCUCCAUGGGAACUUUGGAAGGCAAAGGGUGUGAGUUCAAAGGUUCAGAGGGGAUCCUGAAGGUGAUAAAGAGCUGUACAGUGAUAAUGAAGGGAACCAGAAGAUCGUCCUUGUAUAUUCUACAGGGUUCCGCAGUUGAGUCUUCGAGUGGGGUUCCAGGUUUGAAUGCAGCAGCUACAGUCAGUCAGAACAAGGAUCAGACAGAGUUGUGGCAUAGCAGGAUGGGUCACAUCGGACAGAAAAGGUUUGAUGUACUAGCUAAGAAAGAAUGCUUUGGAGGAAGCAAGGUCUCAGAUAUCAAGUUUUGUGAAGAUUGUGUGAUGAGGAAAACUCAUCGAGUCAGCUUUGGACCAGCUCAACACAACACAAAGGAGAAGCUUGACUACGUCCACUCAGACUUAUGGGGCUCUCCGAAUGUGCCUCAUAGUCUAAGCAAGUGUCAAUACUUCAUUUCAUUCACGGAUGACUACUCGCGGAAGGUUUGGGUCAGUUUUCUCAGGUUCAAAGAUGAAGCGUUUCGAAGUUUUGUGGAAUGGAAGAAGAUGGUAGAGACUCAGAGUGGCAGGAAUAUCAAGAAGCUAAGAACAGCUAAUGGAUUAAAGUUUUGCAAAAAUCAGUUCAAUGACUUCUGCAAACAAGAAGGAAUGGUGAGACACAAGACUUGUGCAUACACUCCACAGCAAAAUGGAGUGGCAGAGAGGUUAAACAGGACGAUCAUGAAUAAGGUCAGAAGCAUUUUGAGUGAAAGCGGCUUGAGUCAAAAGUUUUGGGCUGAAGCAGUGUCAACCGCAGUUUACCUCAUAAACAGAUCACCAUCGUCGGUGAUUGAUUUCAGAGUACCAGAGGAGCUUUGGUCAACAGUUAUGCCGAGUCUAGAGAAUCUCAGAAGAUUUGGUUGUGUUGCGUAUGUACACUCAAGCGAUGGCGAGUUAAACCCAAGAGCGAAAAAGGGAGUUUUUACGGGAUAUCCAGAGGGAGUAAAAGGAUUCAAGGUUUGGCUUUUGGAAGAACAUAAAGUGGUUAUCAGUAGAAGUGUGGUUUUCCGUGAAGACCUGGUAUACAAAGACAUCAUGUCCAGUUCAGGAGGGGAAAAUCAGGGUUCAAAACUCGUGAACUUAGACAUGGUUGAUGUUCAAGGUGGAGCUACUGAGAUUUGGUCUAAUGAGAAGGAAGACGAGUCUGUUCAAGGUGGAGCUACAAAGGUUUCAGAGGCUACUGUGUUAGCACUUGUUUCAGCUUCAGAGGACAGUGUUCAGAAGGUCAGGGAUUAUCAGUUGGUUAGAGACAGGACUAAGAGACCAGUGAAGCCUCCAGUGAGGUUUACUGACUAUGAUUGUACGGGAGAAGAGGAUCCUGAUGACUACGAGUUUGCUGGGUUUGUUUGUUUGCAGUCAGAAGAUGGCAGCUCAGAGCCUCAGACUUUUCAACAAGCUAUGAUUGAUCCUGACAGUGGCAAAUGGAUGGAAGCAGUUGGGGAUGAAUAUGGAUCACUUAUGAAGAACCGUACUUGGAUUCUCAUAGACAGACCAUUGAAUCAGAAGACAAUAGGGUGUAAGUGGAUAUUCACCCGGAAACCUGGUAUAAUUGGAGUAGAAGAUCCGAGGCUUAAAGCUAGACUUGUAGCAAAGGACUUUUCUCAGAAGGAGGGCAUCAACUACAAGGAGAUAUUUGCUCCUGUUGUUAAACAUGUGUCUAUCCGAUACAUUUUAGCAGCUGUUGUUCACUAUGACAUGGAGCUUCAGCAAAUGGACGUCAAAACUGUGUUUCUCCAUGGUCAUCUAGACGAGUUCAUAGUGAUGGAUCAACCAGAUGGCUUUGUAGACAAGAAUCACCCUGAUAAGGUUUGUUUACUAAAGAAGUCGUUGUAUGGUUUGAAGCAAUCGCCAAGGUAG